ACCUCUAAACUCAGGUUUUGCUCAUUCUAUGCUUGUUCUCAAAUGCUCAAAACUUUCUAUUUUCAUUUAUUUUGUACACCGGUGCUGAUUUGUAAGUUUUGUCAUUAUUCUGUGUUUCAUAGAUGUUAUUCACAAGGCAGAUACUAGAUGAAGGUUUUUAAACUUGUAGUCUGCAACUGGAAUAGAAGUAGUUUUUCCUAUGAACCUGGUCUAAGAAUUUAAGACUGGUAUUUGCCUUGUUCCUGUUUGUACUUAUAAAGUAAUAUAUGAAACUUGUUUGGUUCAGAGAGUAUUAUUAUUAAAAUUGAGCAUCUUCAGAGCAAUUAGGUAAGAGAAAGUGGUUUAACAGCCAUGGGACAACAAUCUAGGAAAAGCAUAGGGCAGAAAACAGUUUUCUGUUUAGCACUGCAACUAGAGACUAAGGUCUUGGGAGAGCUCUAUUGGAAGACUUUUUUGAACAGCAGACUUUCACUUUGGACCAGCUACGUUUCCGAAAGAAGUCUGAUUUUAAGGAGUAAAAGAGUAGCCCCUACAGAAAACAUCACUUUGGCAUUCAUGCCCUAGGACUCUCCAGAAGAACAAUGUAGUCUUCCCUGUAUUUUGAUCAGCAUGUUCUGGAAACAACAAAAAUAGUUCCUGGAGAGCAACCCUAACCACCUGAUUAUUUAUUUCCAAGGUAUAAUCAUUCCCAUAGGUGAUCUGUUGGGACUGCCUUAAAAAUAGCUGCUGUUUGACUGUGUCGUUUCUCUUCUGGCCUGCUUAUGACCUCAGGGAUCAUUAUGCAUCAGUAGUAGUCCUCUUUCUCACUGAGACACUGAACGAAGGGUCAAUCCUUUGGGGAAACGGAAACUGAAUCAAAUAUAUUUGUGUAUGCAUACAUUUGAAUAAGACCUUAAAUUGCCCUGAAAAUACUAGAUUAGAUUUAGAGACAGAAGUAAAAACUGUGAUUUUGAGAUUUUAGUUAGAAAUACAGAACUCUAAAUAUUUUUUCUCUUUCACUUUCAUGUAAGUAGAGAAUUUAAAUAAAAUAGAAAAAUGCUUUAAAGCCAAGAUAGCUUGUCCAAUUAGUCAUAACAAACUGUGCCCGUCAAGUUUCACAUGCUUUUCUUCAAAAGCAACACAGUAUUCUUGGACUAUAGUGGGAAAGUUUCCUAGGUCAGCUCUUAAGUAAAUGGUUUUGCUUGUGGGCACCUUACUUAAGUUUGCUUCCAAACACAUUUAGGUCCUGUUUAUCUAAUACUGGAAACACAACUGCUUAUUCAAGACAGAAGGAAACAUUCAUUUAACUUCUGUUUCAUUUCUAAAACUUACUGUCUAUGUCAAUGUUUCCAAGUAAUUCUGUACAAUAAAAAUUUAAUAAAUCAAAGCAGCAAAUGCAGAAACAGUAUUAUAUUAUAAGCAGUUGAGACGAUUUUAUUUCACGGUAGUGAAAUAAACAUCUACUUGAAUCCACCCAAAAAACCAAUUUUUGGCUCAGGCUUUUGUAUCACCAUAAAUUGGGUUACACAAGGGCAAAGCUUCUGGGUAUUUUCCUUUGAAAAAGGCUGGUUUGCAUGCAUAGCACUCCUCUCUACAUUGAAUCAAUGCACAGUAAGCAAAGCUAUUGGGAUUUUUUUCAAAACUGUGUUAAUGCUCAGAAACAGAACAGUAAUGUAGUCACAGACACUGGAGAGAGGUUUCUUACAAGCAGAAAAGAAUGAAAUAUAAAUAAUAUGAACAGUUUAGCUCAACACUAGCACAUUUUAAACCAAAUAGUUACAUGAAGUGAGGUAUCUCAUGUUUUUUUCUGUGAUUUAUGCAACAAAACUACAAUGAAACUUCUAACUAUAAAUACAAAACUUGCUCCACCCAUACUGCCUUUUAGCUCAUCUUUCAUUGAAUAUGGAAAAAAAUGCAAGCAUCAACCCUAAGCUUGAAUCAUACUCAGGGUUCCAUCCCAUCUUACACUGGUAGUCACUAUUACAGCAAGACUGAUGCUAGGGCAUAAUUGUGAUUUCUGCCCAACACAUAGCUUUUCUAAGAUCACCUUAGCAAAGAGAAGCAGGAUUAUCUUGCUGUUCCUUCCUGUGCUUUUUAGACAUACAGUUUCAUUAUUUAUUUUAUUUUAUUUAUUUAUUUUUUUUGUGGAAUAUCUUGAUGGGGAAACAAAAGGAAGCAUCAGGACCCUUUUUUGGAACAGCCUGUGCUAAGAAAACAGCUUUUGUGCAUAGAAAACAACUCAGACAGGCAGAAUGGUUACAUAUGUUCCAUCAGGGACUGCCUGUGAGGGAAUCUGUGAGAUAAAUCCCAUUGAAAGUGUUGUAAUGAAUGCUUCCUCUCACUGAGAGAGCUCUUGUCAAUUCCAUGGUAUGCUGAAAAGACAGGAAGAAAGGUGGGGCUAAUGCCAGUUGGAAAAUCAGUAAUUUGCUUGUCUUGAAUGAUUCUUUGCUUUGUUUCAGUACUUCACAAGGUGAACUGAGUCACUGCAUUUAUCCUGAUCAAAUGAUGGGUUUGGGGUUAAAGUAUGUUUUUUGCUCAUGUUACCAUGGACAAUUUGAAAAAAAACUUUACCUUUAAGAUUCCAAACAUCCAAAAUUACUUAUUGUAAUGAUAUGAAUAGGUCACAUGUGUAGCAUGUUGCCUUCUCACAUAGUAAACAGUUGAGAAUGUUCCAGUAUCUAAAGUUAAAUGCAAUAGAUGGGCACAUUCUAUACCAUGCUUCAUUUGCAUGCUGCCACUAAGAACAGCUCUUUCAGUGAGCAACAGGAAGCCUUCACUUGAUUAAAGGCAAAUACUAUAUUCUGUGAAGCUUUGGUGGGGUAAGAGGCAGCUGGAAACAUGAGUUGUCCCUGUUCUUCCAUGUCAAUGUGCAUGGGCAGAACUAAAAGUUACUUCAGCAAAACAGCAGAGGAAUUUGUUUAUUAACACCUUUAGGGUGCCUGAAUAUUGCUCAAGUGUUACCACUGAGGAAGGAUGGUGUUGUAUCUCAGUGUCAGAAUCAACUGGCUAGUCACUCAUGCACAGAAGUAUACAGAUUUGUCCUUCCCCACCCUGUUUUUGGGGCUGCCAUGAGUACUGGAAGUUUCCAGCUCUCUGCUAGGCUACACAAAGGUAAGGGCAAUAGCUGGUAUUCACAGUGGAAUUCCAUUUCCUCCUAUACUAAGUUAUUGCUGAGCUACUAGCAGUCUGAGAACUCUUGGUUUACAUAGCCGAAAAAUGUUUUGCUGGUAACGACAUCCCCUCCAUUAUUUGCUGUGGCUUUACUACAUUCUAAAUGCUUCAUCAUUAACAGUAAUCUGCCAAAAAUGGAAACUGAUAACUCAUUUUAGAGUUAUUUUACAGCUAGCCUGUUCAUUUGACAUGGCAGCCAGAAGAAAGUAGAAGAAAUGGUUGUUUACAGGAAGGAAGUCCUUAUUUUCAGGAGGAAAAAGAACUAAAGAAAAGGAUCUCAUGUUAGUAUUUGCAUUUUAACUUGAAAACAUUUUUCCAUCAGGAAGGGUUUUUGACCGUAGGCUAAAAUUCUGAAAGAAUGCAUACAUUUUUUUCCCCCCAAAUAAGCUUUUUAGUUUGCUUUUACAACAAACUACCAUUCUGAUUAUCCAGCAUAGCAGAUAUUAUACAGAUUAUACAGUACAGCCAAGACAUAUUACAAAAUUAUCACUCAGACACAGUAUCUCUUAACAGAUUUGACAGAGAAACUGUUCUGAAAAUAUUAUGUAUUAAAAGGUACUACCAUCCCUCAGGAAGCUGCAUAGGCUGUACAUGUCUGUUAAUGGUGUUUUAUUGUUGAUUUCAUUUUAAUACAAAUUUAUUUCAAGUAAAUUGUGCAAGAUCAGAAGAGAGCAGACAGCAACUGUACAAUUAAGCAUCUGAGCCUGGAGUACAGAAGCCAAUAAAAUCUUUUUUAUGUAGCCUAUCAAAAGCGAGCAUUGGAUACUGAACUGCCCACUAGCUUGUAACUAUGUUAAACAAGGCCACUGUAUUUAUUUCUUGGCUCUCUGAAUUCACUUGGCUGUAAGAAGUAGGUGGCAUUUGAAUAGAACUUGCAGUCCUCAAGUACAAGACUCUCCAACCUAAUUUAGGAAAAGAUAUAUGAAGUAAACACUAGGACAAUGGAAAGACCACUUGAGGCUACGAAGAUGGAAAACAGCACUUCUUCCUGCUUUUUCAUGGAAAGAAAGACUCGUGUGAAGCCUAAUAGGAAAGAGAUUGUGAUAGCCAAGCUGAGAAAAAGCUUCUCUUGCACCCCAAGGAAACUGAAGAAUUUUGUAAUGGACUUCUUUCCUGUUUUACGAUGGCUUCCCAAAUACCAGUGCAAAGAAUACAUCUGGGGCGAUAUUAUGUCUGGGUUAGUGAUUGGGAUCAUUUUGGUGCCCCAAGCAAUUGCAUACUCACUACUGGCAGGCCUGAAGCCUAUUUACAGUCUUUAUACAUCUUUCUUUGCCAACAUCAUCUACUUCUUAAUGGGCACAUCUCGUCAUGUCUCAGUGGGCAUUUUCAGCUUGAUAAGUUUAAUGGUGGGUCAAGUGGUGGACCGAGAGCUUCUCUUAGCUGGGUUCGACUUGAAUGAUGAUGCCACACCAGCCUUGGGCCAUGGCUCCCUGCAGACUGACAGCCAGUCCAACACAACUGUCUUCAACCUUACCACUGAGGGGAUGAAUGCUGAAUGUGGAAAAGAAUGCUAUGCCAUAGGCAUUGCUACAGCCUUGACAUUUGUGGCUGGAGUAUAUCAGGUUCUAAUGGGAGUCUUCCGUCUGGGUUUCGUAUCUAUGUAUCUGUCUGAGUCUGUUCUAGAUGGCUUUGCAACUGGUGCUUCCUUAACAAUUUUAACAGCUCAAGUGAAGUAUCUGAUUGGAAUAAAAAUCCCACGUAGCCAAGGACAUGGGAUGCUUGUUAUUACUUGGAUUAACAUUUUCAGGAACAUUUCUCAGGCUAACAUCUGCGAUAUCAUUACAAGUGCCAUUUGUAUUGUAGUACUGGUUACUGCUAAAGAACUGGGAGAUCGGUACAAGCAUAAGCUGAAAUUCCCUCUUCCCACAGAGCUGGUAGUUAUUGUUGUGGCAACACUGGUGUCACAUUAUGGAAACUUAAAUGAAGUGUAUUCAUCCAGUGUUUCUGGAGCUAUUCCAACAGGAUUUAUUGCCCCCAAGGUACCACGUUUUGACUUAAUGAUCCGUGUUGCUGUGGAUGCCUUACCUCUUGCUGUAGUCAGCUUUGUCUUUACUGUAUCCCUUUCUGAAAUGUGUGCAAAGAAAUACGCUUACACUAUCCGAGCCAAUCAGGAAAUGUUUGCUGUAGGGUUCUGCAACAUCAUUCCCUCUUUCUUCCAUUGCUUCACAACAAGUGCAGCACUUGCCAAGACUCUUGUGAAAACAUCCACAGGCUGCCAGACUCAAGUCUCUGGAGUGAUUAGUGCAAUGGUGGUUCUGCUGGUACUACUCUUCUUGGCACCUCUCUUCUACUCCUUGCAGAAGUGCGUCCUGGCUUGUAUCAUCAUUGUCAGCCUUCGAGGAGCAUUAAGGAAGUUCCGAGAUGUGCCAGCACGGUACCAUGUGAAUAAGGUGGACACAGUGGUUUGGGUUGUUACUAUGUCUGCCUCUGCCUUGAUCAGCACAGAAAUAGGUCUAUUAGUUGGAAUUGUUUUCUCCAUGUUAUGCAUCAUUGUUCGGACACAGCAGCCACGGACAGCCCUGCUUGGUCAAAUCCAAGAUACCAACUUUUAUGAGGAUGACUUAGAAUAUGAAAAUCUCUCUUCUGUUCCAAAGGUCAAAAUAUUCCGUUUUGAGGCACCACUUUAUUAUGCCAAUAGAAACUAUUUCCUAAAGUCUCUGUACAGACUGACUGACCUAGAUCCUAACUUAGAGGCUGCCAGAAGGAAGAAAUACGAGAAGAAGGAAAAGCAGCAUCUGAAAAAAGGAAAUCAACCAACUGUUAAUGGACUGAGCAGCAGAGACACCACUUUGCAACUAGUCCCUAAGCAAAUUGAUUUCCAAGCCCUCAUUGUAGAUUGCUCUUCCAUCCCAUUUUUGGACACCACUGGAGUUAAUACUCUAAAGGAAAUUCUAAAAGACUACAAGGAGUUAAAUAUUUCUGUUCUCUUAGCUUGCUGUAAUCCCUCAGUGAUAGACUCUCUAAAAAGAGGAGAUUACUUUGGGAAAGAUUCUGGAAGUAUGCAAGAAAUGCUGUUCUACAGUAUACACAGCGCUGUGCAGUUUGCAAAAGACCAAAGGCUUACAGCAGACUGCUCUGUUUAAUCCCAUGUUUUCCUUGACAAUACACUAAAGAAAGUGCAAGAUGGAGAAGGGCAGUUUGCAAUAAUUGAGUUAUCAGACACACUAUUGGCUUUGUACAGUAAUGGGCCUACAAGACACCAUUCCCUGAAGAGUUCUGCAGUUUACUGGAUGCUGCUUAGAAUAGCCCUGGAGAUGCAGUCUGGGGCCAGGCUGGGACAAGCUGGAUAACUAUAUGCACCUCACUUUCAGAAUGUGGGUGAAAAAGAAGUGCAUCUUGGGGCACUUUUCCUUCUUCUGUCAUUAUAGUACAUGACAAAAUACAUGUGUCAUGAGACUGUUGUAGCUGGAAGUCUGUCAAGAACCACCUGCACCUCCCAGUGGUUUGUGUUAAGAAGGAUAAGCCAUACAUCCAAAUACAAUGGAUCUAUCAUCAUGGACACAUAAUGGUUUACACUCUGGCUUGCAAAGCCCUGUCCAUUCCAUCAUUCAAGAUGUGCUCUUCAGCAACUCCCACUAUUUGCAAACAAGUAAAAUGUAUAAAAUAUUGUGGGAUGUGUUACAUCUCUCCUUGUCACCUUGAUUGCGUGGGCUUAAUGACACAACUUGCCACAAGUGAAGAAACCAGUCUAUCACACUGCUCUCAAAACCAUCUUCUCCAAGAUAACCUCCUGGAGUCAUUUGUGCUAUUGGAACCAUCGUAUGUUAACUAGUUACUGAAGGUUUUGAUACCUCUAGUAACACAGGAAGAAACAUGACUGUGAUGCCCAACUUUCUUGUGUCUAGAGAACUGAGAUAUAUGGAAUUAAGAAAACAGAAUGGCUUUUCUGGCAAUCCAUUACCAGAGUAGUUAUACCACUCUGUCAAAACGUGUUACCUCUAUUGGUGAAAUUCUAAUCAAGGGACACACAAGGAUUACUAAAUAUAAACCCCCCACACUGUGAUGCAGCAUAGGAUGUUCUUCCUACAACAGCCUGUAAAGGUACAAGGAUAAGUGAAGAAAGCAGGAGAAAAGAGGAUAGGGUGAGAAGUUAAAUCUCUGAUCUACCAUGCAGGGGAAUGGUUAGCCAGUAAAAAAUGCUAGGCUGGUACUCUCUGAUGAAUAUAUGAAGUAUCUAAAGUAUAUAUAGUCCAUAGCAGUAUAACUGAUCCAAGUAAAGUAAUGCUUUAUAUGUUGUGCAACCCCAAAUAUUAGAAAAAUCUCACCAUACUCCAGACCAUUCUACAUACUACUGACUUUUUUUUCCCCACACCAUGUAAUUCUUUGUUUAUAGAUCUAAUAACUCAUGUUUUACAGGUCCGUGUUAAUUUUCAUGACGAUUUGCUUUAAGGGUUAUUUAUUCUGUAUGGUAUCAAAUCAUACCCUCAAAGUCAGUUUUGUUGUUUUAUAUGUAUGCUCUCUCUACACAAAUAAGUAUACAUCUAGAUUCUUAUUCUAGUGCUAUUGGUACUAAAUGUCCUAGCAUACAGCACUGACAGAAAACUUUCUGACACCAAAGUUUAUAAUUACCCACAUGAAAGGAAGGACAGCUGCCAUCCCUUUCUCAUUCAUGUCUGGUUCACGCAUGGAACCAAGCAUAGAAGGAAACUAUCACACCUGUGCUUUGUACACCUAUCAGGCACCAGAAACAGGUUAUGUGUACACUGAGACUAUUCCUUAGAUAUAUCACCAAAACAAAUGCCAUGUUGACACAUCAUGUGACUUGCUUAUUUCAACUUUCAGGUCACUGAAUGAAAGAACAAUAAAACUUAGGUUUUCCAGGUAUGCCAGAGCCUGUCUAGCUCUCAAGAGCAUUCCCAAAAGACAAAACAAGAAGUGUAUUAAUAGAGAUUUAACAGGCUACCAAGAGAAGUUGUGGAUGCCCCGAACCUGGCGGUGUUCAAGGCCCUGGGCAGCUUGGUCUGGCAUUAAAUGUGGAGGUUGGUGGCCCUGCUUGUGGCGUGGGGGUUGUAGGUUCAUGAUCCUUGAGGUUCCUUCCAACCUGGGCUAUUCUGUGAUUCUGUGAGACUGAGCAGCACAAUAUUAGGUAAGUGACUCAAUGCGGACAUUCUCAUGCAUUCUUUACAGGAAAGUCUAUCAACUGCACACUGCUAGUAUUGCCAGAGCAGUAAAACCUGACAGAAAUGCCUGUCUAGAUAUUACAAAAUUGACCACUGGCAGUCAGUUCCUGCCAUAAAACAAUUAAAUAAUAUAAUUCUUUAAAGUGCUGACUUGGUACAACAGGCUUAUUUUUGUCAUAAAAAGAAAUGGACAAAGUCCAAGGACAAAGUGUUGUGUUUAUUUUUGUUUGUAACCAUUCUUUGAUCUGGGAAUAUUUCUUUUAAUGUUUUGCCAGGAAGUCACAAGAGGAAGUGGGUUCACAAGAAUUAGUGCUAAACAAUUAGUAACAAUACAGGCAAUUUUAGGCUUCUGUGACCAAGUAAGCCAUUGUUGGAAGUCAACUUAAUUUUUUUCAGUAGAAAAAACCCCAUUUACUAGCAAUCUACACUUCUCUAAUAUUUAUGGGUCAAGUUACCAACCUAGAACAUAAAAAGAAAAAAAAUAAAUAAAUACCUUUAACUCCUGAUGAACCUCAUCUUAGGGAAAAAAAAAAAAAAAAAAAAAAAAAAAAANAAAAAAAAAAAAAAAAAAAAACAGAGAAAAAGAAAAAAAAAAGAAAGAAAGAAAAACAACUGCUCCUGUGGAAAGUGUAUGCUUGCAUCAGUCUCUGGGGAAAAAUAAACAGAAGUUGCCCAUGCAGUCCUUUUUAUACCCAUCAGACACAGAAAUUAAGUCAAAAGCCUAUUUUUCAUCCUAUUUUUGUCGGAACGGCACCAAAGGAGAACAGAGAAACUCUUUCAUCCAUACAAGGGGGCUUAAGCUUUAGUACUUUCACUAGAAGGCAACCAUCAACCAAAAAAAUGUUUAAGAACCAUUACCUGUUUCAGUUUCUUUGACAGAUCAGGCUCAUAAUCAAACUGAGUUGGACAGCAUAAAAAAUAGCAGGGAAACAGCCUUCAGUGUGAUGAUAUAGGGAUGCUGGGAGAUCAGAGCACACUUCAGAGUACACAAAAUGUAACUAAAAAAAAAAAAAGUACGCCUUUUUUUUUUUUGCUUUACUGCACUGCAUCAAGACUAAGCACAUGAAGACUGAAAAUGUUACAAACUGCCAAUUCUCUUCUCUCCUAUUGUACCAUGAACUAUGUACUGUGACUUGGGAGAGGAGCUGGGGAUACUAUUGUAAUUCCAACUAGGUUAAUACUAAUUUUGAAAUAAAAUUGUUAUAUGCCUAUUAGAAAAUGUUAUAUCUAUCAUGUAUAUUGACUAUGUUUUUGUUCACUGUGGUGCCUUGCACAGAUCAUGUAUCCAACAAACUGUAGUGCUACUUAACAGUAGGAACAGGACCUUAUCUUGCAGACUGUGUGAAUUUCAUGGAGCUAGGCACAGAGCUGAGAGUAUGUAACUCCAAUGCUCCUCUUGAUUUCUGGCAGGAUAGCCAGAAUAGGUGGCCUAGGUUCCAGGAAAUAGCUACAUCUAUAGGGACUGGCAAAUAACAUCCUGAGAAUGAAUCCUGUGUCUCAUGACAUGGAUACAAAUGUGUGCUUUUGGCUGGAAAAUAAAACUAGCAAUUCUUUAA